UAUGUGCACAUACUCCUGUUUUGGCUUACACCAGUGAAAAGCUCUUUCACAUGAGAACUGCGACCCUUAGAAUUUAAAAAUAUCCAAUUAGGGUUUAAAUCACGAGCCUUUGUAUCCCAAUUAGGGGUCCUUUGAUCUAACAAAUUUCACUUUCGUUCCAAAUUCUCAUACGCAUAACACCACGAAUCCACGCUAAUUCCCAAUUCGUCAUUCGCGCUUCGGUUCUAGAGCCAUGGCGGUGGAGAACCCACAAGAUUCGUUGAAGAAGCUCGAGUACUUGUCUCUUGUUUCGAAGGUUUGCACCGAAAUGGAGUCUCACACCGGAAACGGUGACAAUGUACUCGCCGAGUUCAUCACCGAGUUGGGUCGGUCUUCCGAGAACGUCGAAGAAUUCGACGCAAAAUUGAAGGAGAACGGUGCCGAAUUGCCGGAUUAUUUUGUCCGUACACUUCUCACAAUAAUCCACGCUAUUCUCCCUCCGAAGAAGGGUUCUGGGAACAGCGACGUCAAGGGUUCGAAGCAGGACGGUGGUGGUUCGAAGGGGAAGUUCAAGGCACUGGCUAUUGCAGAUGAUAGGGAUAGGGUUAAGGAGCUGCAGAAGGAGAUUGAAGCUGAAGCCAAAGAGAAACAUGGUGGUGAUAGAGACAGAGAAAUACACGGUGAAGAUGGGCACAGAGGAAGAGACAGAGAUAGAAGGGACAGAAGAGAUAGAAGGGACAGGUAUGAUAAAUAUGAUAGAGAUGAAAGGCAUAGAGAUAGGAAUAGAGAUAGAGAUAGAGAUAGAGAUUAUGAUGAUUAUGAUGAUGAAAAAGGGGAUUCUAGGAGAAGGGGAAGGGAUAGAGAGAACGAUAGGGGUAGGGAUAAGGAUAAGGAUAGAUAUGAGAGGCGGAGGAGAGAUGGGCGUGAAGAAGAAAAUGGUGGUUAUGGUGACGAAGAUGGUGGUGGUGACAGGAAAGGUAGGAGGGAUCUGAGGCAUAGUGGAGGGGGUGAAGUUGAAUUGUACAAGGUUUAUAAAGGGAGGGUUUCAAGGGUGAUGGAUACAGGGUGCUUUGUUCAGUUGGAUGAUAUUAGAGGGAAGGAAGGAUUGGUGCAUGUGUCACAAAUUGCAACUAGGAGGAUUAGUAAUGCAAAGGAUGUGGUGAAGCGGGAUCAGGAGGUUUAUGUGAAGGUUAUAUCUGUUUCUGGUCAGAAGUUGAGUCUUUCGAUGAGGGAUGUUGAUCAGCAUACCGGAAAAGAUCUUCUUCCGUUGAAGAAAAGCGAUGAGGACACGUUUCGGAUGAAUCCACAGGAUUCGAAGGAUGGGCCAGUUGCGAGGACGGGUCUAUCGGGUAUCAGAAUUGUGGAGGAGGAUGAUAUGGGGAAAUCGCGGAGGCCUCUGAAGAGGAUGAGCUCUCCUGAGAGGUGGGAGGCAAAACAGUUGAUUGCUUCAGGUGUUUUGAGUGUUUCAGAGUACCCAACUUAUGAUGAGGAGGGAGAUGGGUUGAUGUACCAGGAGGAAGGUGCUGAAGAAGAGCUUGAGAUCGAGUUGAAUGAGGAUGAACCUGCAUUUUUGCAAGGGCAGAGCAGGUAUUCAAUGGAUAUGUCUCCUGUCAAGAUUUUCAAAAAUCCAGAAGGUUCUCUUGGUCGUGCUGCUGCACUGCAGUCUGCACUUAUAAAGGAGCGUAGAGAAGUACGAGAACAGCAGCAACGCACCAUGCUUGAUUCUAUUCCAAAGGAUCUCAAUCGUCCUUGGGAAGACCCUAUGCCUGAAUCUGGUGAAAGACAUCUUGCCCAGGAGCUUAGAGGAGUUGGUUUGUCAGCCUAUGAUAUGCCAGAAUGGAAGAAGGAUGCCUAUGGAAAGACCAUUACUUUUGGGCAAAGGUCAAAGCUUUCUAUUCAAGAACAGAGGCAGAGUCUCCCUAUUUACAAGUUGAAGAAAGAAUUGAUUCAGGCUGUCCAUGAUAAUCAGGUGUUGGUGGUAAUUGGUGAAACGGGUUCAGGUAAAACUACUCAGGUAACACAGUAUCUUGCUGAAGCAGGUUACACGACAAGAGGUAAAAUUGGAUGCACUCAACCUCGUAGGGUGGCUGCAAUGUCAGUUGCAAAGAGAGUUGCAGAAGAGUUUGGAUGUCGAUUGGGAGAGGAAGUUGGUUAUGCCAUUCGGUUUGAAGAUUGUACGGGACCAGAUACUGUAAUCAAGUACAUGACCGAUGGUAUGCUUCUUAGGGAAAUACUGGUUGAUGAGAACCUGUCACAGUAUUCUGUCAUAAUGCUUGAUGAAGCUCACGAAAGGACCAUUCAUACUGAUGUUCUUUUUGGACUGCUUAAGAAGCUAGUGCAGCGUAGGCCUGAGUUGCGAUUGAUUGUCACGUCUGCCACUCUGGAUGCAGAGAAGUUCUCAGGAUAUUUCUUUAAUUGUAACAUCUUUACAAUACCUGGGAGAACGUUUCCUGUGGAGAUUCUUUAUACUAAGCAGCCAGAAAGUGAUUAUUUGGAUGCAGCUUUGAUCACUGUCCUACAGAUCCACCUGACAGAACCUGAAGGAGACAUUCUUCUCUUCUUGACUGGUCAAGAGGAGAUUGAUUUUGCUUGUCAAUCUCUCUAUGAAAGAAUGAAGGGUUUAGGUAAGAAUGUUCCAGAACUGAUAAUAUUACCUGUUUAUAGUGCCCUUCCUAGUGAAAUGCAGUCUAGGAUAUUCGACCCUGCUCCUCCUGGUAAAAGGAAAGUGGUUGUGGCAACUAAUAUUGCUGAGGCUUCUUUGACUAUUGAUGGGAUAUUUUAUGUUAUUGAUCCUGGGUUUGCAAAGCAAAAUGUUUAUAACCCAAAGCAAGGACUUGAUUCGUUGGUGAUAACUCCAAUUUCACAAGCUUCAGCCAAACAAAGAGCUGGACGUGCAGGGCGUACUGGACCUGGAAAGUGCUAUCGCCUAUAUACCGAGAGCGCAUAUAGGAACGAGAUGUCUCCUACUACAAUUCCUGAGAUUCAAAGAAUAAAUCUUGGGAUGACUACUCUCAACAUGAAAGCUAUGGGAAUAAAUGAUCUUCUGUCCUUUGAUUUUAUGGAUCCACCAUCACCCCAAGCUCUUAUUUCAGCCAUGGAACAGCUUUACAGUCUUGGAGCAUUGGAUGAAGAGGGCCUUUUAACCAAACUGGGGAGGAAAAUGGCAGAAUUUCCCCUGGAUCCGCCAUUGUCCAAGAUGUUACUUGCCAGUGUGGACCUUGGAUGCAGUGAUGAGAUUUUGACGAUAAUUGCCAUGAUUCAGACUGGCAAUAUUUUUUACAGGCCUAGGGAAAAGCAAGCCCAAGCAGAUCAGAAGAGGGCAAAGUUUUUCCAGCCUGAAGGUGACCAUCUCACACUGCUUGCUGUUUAUGAGGCUUGGAAAGCUAAGAAUUUUUCAGGACCAUGGUGUUUCGAGAACUUUGUUCAAUCUAGAUCAUUGAGGAGAGCACAGGAUGUCAGGAAACAGCUUCUUACCAUCAUGGAUAAGUAUAAAUUGGAUGUUGUAAGUGCUGGAAAAAAUUUUACCAAGAUCAGAAAGGCAAUCACCGCAGGAUUCUUUUUCCAUGCAGCAAGGAAGGAUCCCCAGGAAGGCUACAGAACCCUAGUUGAGAACCAGCCUGUAUAUAUCCAUCCAAGUUCAGCUUUGUUCCAGAGACAACCCGACUGGGUCAUCUACCAUGAACUUGUUAUGACAACCAAGGAAUAUAUGCGUGAGGUCACAGUGAUAGAUCCUAAGUGGCUUGUUGAAUUGGCACCAAGAUUCUUCAAAGUAUCAGAUCCUACAAAGAUGAGCAAGCGAAAGCGUCAAGAGCGUAUUGAACCACUCUAUGACAGAUACCAUGAGCCAAAUUCAUGGCGUUUGAGUAAACGCCGUGCUUGAUAUUUCAGGAACAUAGUGCAGUGCCACAGGCUCCCUCUGGGCAAAGAUUCAAGAUCUGGGAUCAAUGUGAUGGUGUAAUCUAUAUUCCUGUGAGAUAUCUUCUGAGUUUGUAUUCUCAGUAGAUGAUCUACAAGGUUUCUGGACCCUGCCUGGUUGAUCACAUGAGCUGAUCUCAGAAGUCAGAAGGAUGUGAGCCUUGACCAAGGAGAGAUGCUUUUGCCAACACAGUUUUUUAAGGUAGAUUUUCAACCUUCUGUCUCUUCUCUCUGGAAAAUUAAUGGAGUGGCCUUGGUUGCAAUAGUUGAGUUUUGAAUGGCAAGAAUUUGAAGAGAAUGUAUUUGUUGCUUUGAUUCUAUUAAUAGCAACGAUUGUCAGAUGAUUAGAAAAGGUCAAGAGAGAACAAAAGGUCAAGAGAGAACGAUUCGGCUGUGUUUGCUGGUGGAAUUUGAACUUGGCUAGAUAGAAAUUGAAGUGGAGGUUAGUCUGGAACCCUUGCACCUAAUGGCUGAUAGGAAUGUCACUCACAGUGAUCAGUAGCACACGAGAUGAUGUUCUUUCCUGGUGUUAGUUAUAUUCAUGAUGAAGCACUGAGCAUUGGCUGAGUAGGGGCAGUGAAUCUUCAUUUUGGUCAUAUUACUAGGCUUGCAAUAGGAAUAAUUAUUCUGAUGCGUGAUGCAUUUUUUCCUUGGUAUUUGAAUAAGUUGCUCCUCUCAUGGUUGAGCAACAAAAAAAAAUGGCAUUACACUGACGUGUGAACUAUGUGAGGUUAGAAAAUUUUUGUAAAAUGGCAAUGCUUCGUGAAUUAUUUAUCUUUUAGAAGAGAGAGAAAGAGAAGAAA